AGUCAAGAGUUAGCUCAUUUUUGUGUGUAGCACUUUUUUUUUCAGCACCUGUGACCGACUGACGUUUGUUUACAUGGGCCAUGUGCAAGCCUAAGUGAUUCCUUGCUAUGGGCAGUUUCUCUAUUAGAGUUGAUCAGCUGCUUAUGCAUCUGUUAAUAUUGUAAAGUUAUCUAGCAUGGCUCUGUGGGUGUGUUGGGCUCUGCCACCUCCGUAGUGUGUGAGCACAGUUGUCAACUGGAUUACAUUUUUUGCUAGUGCUUCACUUCUAGUCCUGGGCCAUACGAAGUUGUUUCAUGCCAUUAGAAGUUGAAAAAAGGCUUGCUCUCCCAAUCUUUAUCCAUAUGAAACACUGUGCAUGUUGAUUAACAGUGUAAUUAUAUGGCCUCUUGUCACUUUCUCUGUGUGAAUCCCUGAAUGGUAAUGAGGUGCUUUGAAAAUGGCUCAGGAAAGCUCUCUUGAAACUUGGCCCUCUUGUUAUGGCUUCUUUGGCUAUGAUUUAUUCCUGACUUUGUUUGUUUCCGUGGUACCAGAAAGGUGUACAUACACCUAGCACACUUGCAUAAACUUCUCACUAAAUCAAAAUUUCCAAAAAUAUGCACAAAAGAACUUGACAGAUGAAGUGGCAGUAAUCGCUGUCUGUCCAAUGGUUUGUUUAUUUUUCAAGAAAGCAGAAGGCAAACCGUGUAUCCACAGCUUCGUUGUUUUUUAAUAAGUAGCUUCUUCCUUUGGUCUGCUUACACACACUUCUUUCUCCUUGCACUUCUCUAUCAGGUGUGGUGGCAUUUAGGAAAAGAUGGGCUUACCUGGCCAAAUGGGCUAGCAAAACAGCUUUUUCAGACUCGAAAGGCAGCAGGAUUGAAUGCUGUUCUCAUUAUUGGAGACUUCCUGGAAGAAAUAUAUAAGGCUAAAAAUGGUAGAACCAUGAGCUGCUCACCUCCCUGGAGGGGAUAAAAGCUGUCACUUAUUCACCUUUCGUUUCACUAUAGUACAUGCAAUGUUGUCUGACCUGUCUGUAGAAAAAGGGUGAUUAACCCCAGGGUUUCCAAUGAAAAGGGGGCACUCAAACUUGACUGGGGUCAUAAAAAGCCUAGUACAGAUAGCUUGUGUGCUCACAUGGCAGCACUGUUUCACUUCUUGUCAUUUUGCUUCAGCUUGCUUUGUUACAUAAGCCCAUCCACCUGUUUCAAAAUGCCACCUGAAGUAUGAAAAUUGAGACCUGACUGUAAAAAAAAAAUGCUUUCUUGAUCUUGUGCAUUUAUGACAAUUCUGUAGCAUGCUAAAACAAUGUCUAGACUAGAGCAAGAAAAGUGUUGAACAUUUUUAUUGGCAAUACUAUGUACAGGCAUUUCACUUGUCCAUAGCUUCUAUAGGAUGUCCCCUUGAAUUCAGUCAGUUACUGAUACUUAUGACACUUGGGGCCAUUUCAUACACUACCCUUUGUAGGUAAGAUACCCUUUGUACUUGAGUACUUAAUUCCAUAGUAUAAAUACAUGCAAAUAUCAUCACAUAUAAGCAGUGCACACAUGUAUAAAUGUCAGAUCUUGCCAGCAAAAUACACAGGAGUUGGAGUCUGAUUCUUAAUGUAGAUGCACUUGGACACCAUUUUAUAGAUUUUAUAGAUUCACAGAAUCAUAAAAUUGUAGAGCGGGAAGGGACCCUGAGGGCAUCUAGUCCAACCCCCUGCAAUGCAGGAAUCUCAGCUAGAUCAUAUAUAACAGAUGGCCAUCCAACUUCUGCUUAAAAACCUCUAAGAAAGGAGAGCCUACCACCUCUCAUGGGAGACUGUUCCACAGCUAUUCCUGUCAUACAUUUCAUUUAUGUAGGCUCUGGGAUCUGCUCCAAACUGGCCUAACGGAUAAAAUGGAGGGAAAAGGAUGAUAAAAGGCAUAUCAAAGGAUAUACGUAUAUUUCAUAUUGGCAUGGUGCAAGGUGAUGUACCAUUUGGCAGCUGUGAUACACAGAAGAUUGCAGCUGCGAAUGUGAGCAAUUUUAAUGUCUGAGACUGGCACUUUUAAGACUCAGAGAGCUUGUAACCUAGUGAUAUUUGCUGUACCAUUUGUGGUAGAAGCUUUACAAAUGCUUUACAUCUAUCUAGCUUAACUACUUUUAUUUUAGCCUUCUAAUGUGUAGGCGGAGGUUAUAACCAAAUAGUACUCAACUAGUCAGUUAUGCUAGUUCACCCAGUAAUACCUGUUUGACUGGUCUAGCAUCUGCUUAUCAUUGCUAGUUGACAUCUCAAGUUCGCUAACGCAUUGAAUUCUGAAACCUACAAAAUGUUGAUUUGUGUGUGUGUGUGUGUGUGUGUGUGUGUGUGUGUGUGUGUGUGAGAGAGAGAGAGAGAGAGAGAGAGAGAGAGAGAGAGAGAGAGAGAGAGAGAGAGAGAGAUCUUGCAGCAUUGAAGAGGGUAAUUCAGACGUCUUAAAUAGAAUGUUGUGGAUUCUAGGUUGGAGGAGGCUGUCUUAAGAUUUCAAAUAGAUUGAACAGGGGUUGAUAUGUUGCAACAAAGUAUCUAUUUCCACCUCUCUGACGAUGAACGGCAUGGACACCUUGGGCAUGUGCCUUCUUCGGAGUUAAAACGUCAUUAUGGGUGUUGAGAGGGCGUCGUCGUUAAGCGGCAGUUGUUUCUGAGGGCAUAGCGAGGUAGGGGGAUACUGGAAAACGGGGUCGUAGCUGCAGCGCGCUGGGCGGGUGAAAAGCUUUCUGUCCUGUUCUCUAUAAAGUCUGCCCCAGCCAGCCCUCCCCUCGGGUGCUGGCCCCGGAUUCUCCAAUUGCAGUAGUAGUGGGGGCGGGGGGGAGAGGCUGCCUCGGCUGCCGUCUCGACCAAUCAGCAAGCAGCCAGCGGCUUGGCCCGGCCCCCUCCCAACUCUGCAGCAGAACGGCUUUGCCGUCCUGUUUCUCGCUUGGUUUUCUCGGUCUCCUUUCUCUUCUGCCAUCUUCCGUUGCAAAGCAUUGCUGGGAACUGCAUGUGGGUGACGCAGCAGCAUUGUUUGCGGGCGCAGGAAGCUUCCGCUGAAGGGUUCUGGAAGGAACAUGCUGCUGGCGCCGGGCAGCCGCUGGUGCUGGCGGAGUUGGGAUCGCGCUUCCUGAGCCGCUCGUGUGAAGGAGGAGGAUUGUGCUGGAGUUAAAAUUACAUAGUGGGGGGAGGAUCGAAACCGAAGCCCUGCAACUUGGCAGAAUAGAAAACAAAGGGACUCGGAAACUUCCUCCGAGCCUCUCGGCACCUUCCGUGGAACGAAGCACGCAAGCUGCUGCUGGAGGAGUACGCAAACAGCGAUCCUAAACUGGCACUUACUGGAAUUCCUAUUGUCCAGUGGCCAAAGAGGGAUAAGCUCAAGCUUCAGGCUCGGCCAAAGUUAAGAUUACCUACCAUCCCUAUCACCAAGCCACACACCAUGAAACCCGCGCCACGGCCAGCAACUGUGAGACCUACAGUCUCUCCUAUAGUGUCUGGUGCCCGCAGAAGGCGGGUACGAUGUCGUAAAUGCAAGGCCUGCUUGCAAGGUGAAUGUGGCAUGUGCCACUACUGCAGGGAUAUGAAGAAGUUUGGGGGGCCUGGUCGUAUGAAGCAGUCCUGUGUACUACGGCAGUGCUUGGCGCCCAGACUGCCUCACUCUGUUACAUGUGUACUUUGUGGGGAGGUAGAUAAGAAUGAGGAUUCGCAGGACUUUGAGAAGAAGCUAAUGGAGUGCUGCAUCUGCAAUGAGAUUGUUCACCCAGGUUGUCUACAGAUGGAUGGGGAAGGGCUACUGAAUGAUGAAUUGCCCAACUGCUGGGAGUGUCCGAAGUGCUACAAGGGAGAUGAGUCGGAGAAAGGCCAGAAGCGGAAAAUGGAUGAUGGCGAUGAUGACACAGUCCAAGCCAAAGUUCUGCGUCCUUUGCGAAGCUGUGAGGAACCUUUGACUCCACCACCACCACAUUCGCCUACCCCAAUGCUGCAGCUAAUACAUGACCCUGUGUCACCACGAAGCAUAGUGACACGGUCCUCUCCGGGGGCCGGUCCUAGUGACCAUCACGGGCCUAGCCGGGAUGAACGCUUUAAGAGACGCCAGCUACUUCGGCUGCAAGGCACAGAGCGCACAGUGGUGCGGGAAAAAGAAAACAACCCUAGUGGCAAGAAAGAGCUUUCAGAAGUAGAAAAGGCCAAGCUCCAUGGAUCCUUUCUUACAGUCACAUUACAAAGACCUACCAAAGACAUGCAUGGCACUUCCAUUGUGCCCAAGCUGCAGGCAAUCACUGCCUCCUCCACUAAUCUGCGGCACUCUCCUCGUGUGGUCAUGCGCCAAAGUUCAGCCAGAGCACCUCAGCGGGGUGGAGAUGAAGAAGGAGCUGAGGAUGAAGAGGAGGAGGAAAGUGCAGAGGAGGAAGAGGACAGUGCAGAGGAGAGUGGGACAGCCAGACUGAAUGGUCAAGGAGGCAGGGCUCCAGAUAGUGAGGAAAUCUGGAUGCAAAAAGAGGUGUGGAUGUCUGUCUUCCGUUAUCUCACUCGCAGGGAGCUUUGUGAAUGUAUGCGUGUAUGCAAAACCUGGUACAAAUGGUGUGGUGACAGGAGAUUGUGGACGAAGAUUGACUUAAGCAGGUACAAGUCCAUCACACCCCUGGCACUGGGUGGCAUAAUCAGGAGGCAGCCAGUUAGCCUUGACCUCAGCUGGACCAAUAUUUCCAGAAAACAGCUCACCUGGCUCAUCAACAGACUACCAGGCCUCAAAGACCUCAUCUUGGCAGGCUGCUCCUGGUCAGCAGUGUCUGCUCUCAGUACCUCCACCUGCCCCCUUCUCAGGACACUUGAUCUUCGGUGGGCAGUAGGAAUCAAGGACCCUCAGAUUCGGGACUUGCUCACACCUCCAUCAGAUAAACCCAGCCAAGACAAUCGCAGCAAACUCCGUAACAUGAUAGACUUCCGGUUGGCUGGGCUGGACAUAACUGAUGCCACACUCCGGCUCAUCAUUCGCCACAUGCCUCUGCUCUCACGACUUGAUCUUAGUCACUGUAAUCACCUUACGGACCAGUCAGCCAACCUAUUAACAGCUGUGGGGUCUUCCACGCGAAACUCGCUCACUGAAAUCAACAUGGCAGGCUGCAAUAAGCUCACAGACCAGUCCCUGCUGUACCUGCGGCGCAUCUCUAACGUAACCCUGAUAGACCUGCGUGGUUGCAAGCAGAUCACCCGCAAGGCCUGUGAGCACUUCAUCUCAGACCUGUCAAUCAACAGCCUCUAUUGCCUGUCUGAUGAAAAGCUGAUCCAGAAAAUCAGCUAGAGAUUCGCCACACACAGACUGAAGAGAAGGAAAGAUCCCAGACAAACCCCUCUUGGAGAGCAGACCCUUUCCUCCCCUCCCCCGUUUCCCCCACAUCCACAGGCAGGGAAGAUACCUGUCUGACUGUGACUGCAAUGUCCCUCCUCUCCUUGGGACUUCUGCAGACCAGAAAAUCUCACCAGGCAUUUGAGGAAGUGGCGAGAUUGCUGGAUGGGUGCUCUUGUGGGGUGCUUGCUCAUCAGCUACAUGCUCUAACUUGAUGUUUUGUAGCAGCAUUUUCAAGGGGGAACGUGCCCCUUUCCUUUCUUCUCAACCCUUCCCCCUCUACCAUUAUAUCCCACAAAAAACAACUAUACUUACCCAUCAGAUUCUGGGGGGAGGAUCAGACCUGGAUGGUGUAGAACAGGUGCAUUUUUUUGCUCCCUGUUUCCCUGCUGUCUUGGUAUGCAAUUUCUUAAUAUGUCAUUGGGCUUGGGAGUCACUUCUCCUGCCUGCCACACUCUGCUAAGCUUCCUUUCCUUGCCCUUCAGCAGCUGAAUGGGCAGCAACUGCUCUGGGCUGAUUACGCAGAGCAGUAGUGUAAUGUCUACAGCAGCAGUGCCUCUUGUCUGGUAAGGGACUCUCCAUGUGCCCCCAGGUCAACCUGCAGGCACCUUCCAACAUGAGACUAGAGCGGGGGUGACUAAGUGUUCAUACGGAGGGAACCAUGUUCUUGCCGUCAACUUUUCCAAGAAGGAGAGUUAAGCGAGCACGUUCAUCCUCUGAAAAGAUGGCGGUAUUUGUAGAGGGAAAGCUGCAACAGAGCUUGGAGGCUUGGGAGGCACCUAGUGGGAUUUCUUACACCAGCGGAAGUGGUCUCUGUCCCAUAGUCUGUGGAAACGAGCAUUCUUGGGAGAUGCUGGCCGAUGAAGAAAUGCC